CCAGAGAUUUUACGGUCGUUUCGGAUAAAAGGAAACGUGUGGUUGAUCCAAUCAGAAACCAACCCAUGAGAAUCGGGUGGAUUAACGAGUCCGAAUUAACAAACUGAGGGAGGAGGUGGCUGAGUCAAUAACCGGAGGCCAGACUUUAGGGAUUUGUGAGGUACUGUGAGUCUUCAGGAAUCACCAGGAGUGUUGGAACAGCUGAGCCACCUUUUACAACAAUAACCAGGACAGAAGCAGGACAGAAACAGGAUUAUUGUGACUUGGGACAGCAGUCAUGGGCAAUUCUAAUUCUCAGAGCCUGGAGAGAAGCACGUCUUUAGACUGCCUGAUUCCUGAGCUUGAGCAGGAGGAGGGAGAGAGCCCCCUGCUGUCAGAGCCUCAGUGCUCCAGCUCCUUGGGCAGUUCCUCCAGGCCUGAAAUUAUGCAGUGUGACCACGAGUUCACGAGUACAGUCAGGAGAGAGGGGGGCUCUGGCAGGCCCAUUCAGCUGGUCAAGGUCAGCUCUGAUGGCUCCCUCCUGUUCCAAGAGGACGUGCUUCGGCAGUGUUUCCUGCGCCCAGAUGUGGGGGAGACUCCGGUCUGCGUGGUGUCUAUUGUUGGGGAGAGGAGGAAGGGCAAGUCAUUCCUCCUCAACUACCUCCUUCGCAAGCUGUCUAACAUGGACGAGUGGGACAGGAUGAGUGACAGUGAGCCUCUGCGAGGGUUCGAGUGGCAGUCUGGAAGUGAGAGCAUGACGAAGGGUGUGUUCAUCUGGAGCCAGCCUCUGUUCCUGGAGACGCAGGAGGGAAAGUUGGCUGUCUUCCUGGUGGACACUGAGGGCUCCGUGGAUCUUUCGCGGGAGAUGGAGCUGAGUGUGAAGCUGUGUGCCCUGAGCGUCUUUCUCAGCUCGCACGUGAUCUUCAACGUUCCCUCUGAUGUGACGACAACAGACCUGGACUACCUGGAGCUGCUGCAUCUUGUGGUACAAAAGGGGGGAGCCGCCUUUGACCUGCAGCAUUUUCAGGGAUUUGAUUUCAUGGUGCGGGACUGGACACAAACUCAGGAAUUUGGACAGACUGGAGGAUCCCAACACCUGGAGAGAAUCAUCCAGCGCCUGGAGAAGUCCGGGACAAACAAGGAGGCUCUGAGGAUCCUCAAGGAGAAGAGGCCACGCUGUCACCUUAUGCCCUUACCUGGGAACAAACUGCUUUGGAGCCAACAGGGAACCAUGCAAGAAAUGGAUGAACAGUUUCAGCACUGCCUGAAAGAGUUCAUCAACCACAUUGGCCAGGUCCUGCAGAUGACACGGUCAACCGUGACAGGAAAGACACUGGAAGGGAAAUUCAAGGAGAUGGCACAUAUGAUUCUGAAAAGCAACAACAGAAUUUCCUCUCCUGCAGAGCUCCUCCAUGCCCUCUACCAGAAAACUCUCCAGAAGCUGAAGCAGGAGUUCACCAUCUUUCUGAAUGAGCAGAGAUCGAUCAUGUAUGACACCACACUGGGGAUGAGGAGGACUGUGGUACAGAAGGAGAAAGAUCUGCUGGCCCGUGUGCAGGGUGAAGUCAGUCAGCAGGAUUCCCAGGAGCUCUCACAGUUCCUGAGCUCUGAGCGAGAGAAGUUCCUGAAGGAAUACAAUCUCCUCAUCAUCGAGAGGGCGAAGGAGGACUUCACCAACUUUCUUGAUGAGCAGAGAAGGAUCAUUCACAACUGCACACAGGGGAUGAGGAGGACUAUGGUACAGAAGGAGGAAGAGCUGCUGGCCCAUGUGACGGGUGAAGUCAGUCAGGAGGAUUUCCAGGAGCUCUCACAGUUCUUGAGCUCUGAGCGAGAGAAGUUCAUCAUCAAGAAGGAAUUCACCGACUUUCUGAAUGAGCAGGGAAAGGUACGGCUGAAACUUCCAAACAAGAUGAAGAAGACAGUGAAGAGAAAAGAGAAGGAGCUGCUGGACUGUGUGAAGGGCCAAAUCAAAUCCAGACAGGAUUUCGAGGAGUUUGAAAAGUAUAUGGCUGCGGAGUGCAAGACAUUCCUGAAGAAACACAAAACAAAGUUUGGCGUGAAGGUGGCCUGUAUAGUGGCCGGGUCUGUGCUGACCGCGACUGGGGGUGUGGCCGGAGGCCUGGUUGUCGGAGGCGUUAUUGCUGCGGAGGUUGGGGUUGGGGUGGCAGCUAGUGCGGGGGUGGGGGCGUUGUCAGCCAUCAUCAAGUUCUUCAAGACGAAGACAAAGACGAAGUCACAGUGACACCCAUCCUCUCGGAACCCCGAGCCAGAGCCACAGAGAGACUUCUCCUCAGACUUCACUGGUGCAGGGUAACCUCUCCCCAGAUCUACAGUUGUGAAUUGAGACUUCACUGGUGCAGGGUAACUUCU